AUAUUGCCAUAUUUAGCAUCCACAGCUCUUCUCCAUAAAGCAUCUCUCGCCAUAUCAAAAAGCCACAACCAUUUCCCAAGUAUGGCCUUGUUAAAACGAAUCAAAUUCUUAAUGCCUAGCCCCCCAUUUUGAAUUGGCUCAUACACCUUUUUCCAACCAACCAUAUGAUACUUGAACUCAUCUCCCAUCCCUCCCCACAUAAAAUCCUGCUGUAAUUUUUCAACAGGACAAGCAAUACUCCUCAGGAUAGGAAACAAGGACAAAAAAUAAGUAGGGAGACUAGACAAAGUACUCUUAAUUAGCUUGAGUUGAGCCCCCUUUCCUCUUCCAGCCAACCAACCGUCUCUCCAUUUUCUCUAGCACACCAUUCCAGACUGCUUUAGCUUUGAACGUAGAGCUCAAGGGUAAACCCAAAUAUUUCAUAGGCAAUUAAGCUAAUUUACAACUUAAAAUACCAGCCAAGGCCUCCGCAUUUAGAACAUCACAAACUGGAACCAAUUUAGAUUUCCCCAAAUUUCUUUUUCGUUGAAUCUAAGACUUUCGAAUUCUCAGUCGAGGAGGGAGGUACGUAUUUCAUGUUACGCAUUUUUGAGCGAAGUCGGGAUUCUCUCCGAUCAGUUUUCAUGGGCAGAGAAAGCGCUAAGCGAUUGCUAGCUAUUGUGGAGGAUCUAAUGUCUACUAAAACUCCCGGUAACUUUGCACGAACCUUUAGGGAUAAUGAGAAAGUUUAUAUUUUGCAAUUGGGUUCCAAUUCACACGGCAGUUUUUUAAUGAUCUCGGAACUCAUCCAUGGCCGUCGGAAAGGACUUCUCGUGGUCCCGGAAGGGAAAGCUAGUAGUGGGUGGCGAGGUUUUGGAUUUCAUCUAAGGAAAGCAAUUGCACCUGGGACACUUGCAACCAAACAGCCUUUUUUCUCUGUCCUGAAACCGAGAGUGGAGGAUCACAAAACUUUUCUGCUGGCAGCGGCGGAGGGUGAUCGGAGAGAGGAUAGUGGUAGCAGAAAAGGAAAGCAAUUAAUGCCGGAGUUUCAAAUUUCAACCGAAUCAAUCUUGAGCAAUAAGAGCCACGAUAUACGCGUUUUGAAUGCUGGGAAGAAACAAGCUAUAUCUAAGGCUGAAUUGUCGGUUGAGAUUACAGAGAGCAACAGCUGUAUCAAUGACUCACCUUUAACGUUGGAUGUUGGCCUGAGAUUGAAGCGUGGGCCAGAUGGUGAGUGGGAGGUAAUGUGGUCCAAAGUCAAGGAAGUGGGCCGCAUAGAAAAACCCAAAGACAAAAACUUUAAGCCCGUUAGCCAUUUUAAACCCACAGCUCCCUUCAAUGCAAAGCCCAAAUUUGAUCCCAAGCCCAUCAAAGUCUGGAGGCCCAAACCAAAACAAACACUUCAAAGCAGCGAGACUCACCCACGUCAUUUGAUUUCUGCUUCGAAGAGCUCAGUCAGCGAUCCUCGCAGAGGCGUUGUGGACUCUACGUCGGAACUUCCUCAAGCUGACUCCCAAAGCUUGUUGAGGCUAGCCCAGUCGAUGACAGCCUCUGACGGUGCCGGUAGUGACUUUAUCGGUGCCGGUAGUGACUUUAUCGGCGCCGAUGAGCCCGAUAAUGAGAUUCUCGGCUCCGAUGAAUCUGAUACAGCUUUUCUCAGCUCCGAUGAGUCCGAUGAGUCAGCAAACACCUUCGAUGGUGAAGAGAAAUUGCACCAAGACAUCCGUUUGAUACUUCAGGAGAAUUCCGGCAAUGUUAGCAAGAAAUGGGGGAACUCAGAUCAGUGGGUGCUUGAACUUCGAGAUGGAAGAAGAGUGGCGGUUCCGAUUCAAAUUUCUCUGCCUCCAGGUGAAGUCACAGAGGUAUUGGAAGAGCAAACCCGAUUGGCCUUGGUCCCCUUGAAGUGUUCAGAUGUUGUGGAGGUGUCAUCAGACCAAGUUGAUGAGAAUGAAGUACUUGUGGAGGAUUGGGUCUCAGACACUUCAGAGUCUUCUGAGCUACCUAAUGUAGAGGGUUUGUCGCCUCUAAGUGUGGAACCACUGGCCUUUUCUCUACCUCUGGCAAUUGAAGGGCAAGAAGUGUUGGGUCUGGAGAAUCCAAUGAGGGGAGAAGCUUACUCUGAGUGGGUCCAAAGCAGAUUUAAAGGGUUUGAUAAUUUCCUGGGCACGUCCCUAAAAGGUUUGGAAAAUCAAGCAACCACCUUUUUAUUGGCUGUUGAGGCUGAAUUACACUGUAGGGCUGCUUUGGAAAAAAAAGCACGUAAUUUGAAGAGUUCUGGAGUGAAAGGUAUUAGAGAGCUGAAGGGUCUUUUCAGCUCGAUUAAUUAUGGUUCUACUUCAACUAGGCGCAGUGGUAUUAAUAGGGAGCGGGCUCUCUCUAUUCCUAAAUGAAUCUGAAGAUGAUUUCUUGGAAUGUCAGAGGAUUGAAUGAGGCUGGGAAGAGA